AUGAUAAUCAGAGAUGGAUAUGUAUAUAUUAUGGAUAAUCAGAGUCUCAGGGCUGAUUUGGACAACCUCGAGUACGAAGAGCAUGAGAACACUUUAGAGAAGGUGGUGAAUUUGUUCCAGACUCAAUUGAAAGUGGACAUGAGUAAGAGCGACAUCAAAAAAUGCCACCGAAUCUUUGUAAAAAAUGCGCGACCUGAUAGGGCUCCGGCAGUAAUGGUGCAGUUCGUAGACAUUAACAAGCGAUCGUCAUCUCAUUUAAAAGCAAUUCCCUGGAACAAUAUAUAUUCCAUAGACGAUGUGAAUGACAAACUUAAUUUUAUGUGUGAAAAUAUUGAUAUUCUUUUGGACCUGCAUGCUCCUUUUGUAACACAUCGCAUUACUAAAAAAUACGCCCCAUGGUUUACAGAUGCUCUUAGAGCUAUGAAGAGGGAUAUAGAUAAGGCUUUGGCAAAGUACAAGAAAUCCAAAUUACUUACCGAUUGGGAGAAUUACAAACUUUUUAGAAAUAUGUUUACCGUAGCUGUUAAAAGGGAAAAGAAGUGUUACUUCACAAAUAAAUAUAAUAAUGGAAAUUCUAAAGAAUUAUGGUCCCAUUUAAAACUCAUCGAUUUGAAGUCUAGGAAUGAUAAUUCCAUACCAGCAGAAAUAGCAAAUGUUGAGCAUAUUAAUGAUCAUUUUGUGGAAUCCGUACCUAAAUUACAUGUAGACAAUGAUAUUGUUUUGUUUUAUGAACAAAACAAUUUUGUGAACCACGACUUUAAUUUUCAUGCAGUAGAUGAGAUUGAGGUUUUAAGAAUAAUAUCUAACAUAAAAACAACCGCAGUAGGCAUUGAUGGACUAAAUAUACUUUCGAUAAAUUUAUGUAUACCUUUUCUUUUACCUUAUAUUACUCAUAUCAUAAAUUUUUGUAUACAUAAUUCUAUAUUUCCUAGUAUGUGGAAGAGGUCGUUAGUAGUUCCUCUGCCAAAAGUUCCAUUAGUCGACUCUUUAAAUCAAUUACGACCAAUAAGUGUAUUGCCCACUUUUUCGAAGAUAUCAGAAACAAUAUUACAUAACCAGUUAACUGCAUACUCGACGCAAAAGUGUGUAAUUCCAGCAAAACAAUCGGGUUUUAAAAAGGAUCAUGGCUGCAAUACGGCAUUGCUCAGCAUUACGGAUGAGAUAUUAGAGGCAUGGGAUGAGGACAAAUUAACAGUAUUAGUUUUGUUGGACUUUAGUAAGGCCUUUGACACUCUUAGCCAUAAAAUCCUUGUUUCAAUUUUGCAGAGUGUUGGACUUUCAGAACAGGCUGUUCACUUACUCAAGGAGUUUUUAAAAGACAGAAGUCAAGCAGUAACUUAUAGCGUUAGUUCUCAUUUUCUGAAUACAUUACUGCCUAGCAAAUAUCACCUUUACGCUGACGAUACACAAAUUUACUUGUCAUUUCCUCCUGAAGAAAGUAUUCAAGCUAUCUCGGCAUUAAAUUAUGAUUUGAAUCAAUUUUCUCUCACGGCAAAAAAUCAUGGUCUUUUUUUAAACCCUAAGAAGUCUGUAGUAUUAGUUUUUGGUUAA